CCACUAUAAGAUAUCCUGAUGGAACCUAACAGUGGCAUACAUGCAGACACCAGCCACGGGAGUACCAGUGCUAUUCUGAAUUCUGUACAUCUCGGAAUAUACCACAAAUAUGGACUACACUCUGGCCCUCCUGUUUUCCCUGCUGCAACUUUUAAGUGUGUGCACAGCUGCUCCUCUGCCAGUGGAAGUAGUGAAGAUGAAAUCAAAAGUAAAAUGGAUGGCUGAACAGCUGAUUGUCAGGCUGGACAAGGACUUCCAGGUUCCUGCUGGCCUGACACUCAGUCCACCUGCUGAUGAUCUGGACGGACCUUCCUCCAUAGUGACGGUCUUGGAUGGUUAUAACAGCCUGAUCUCUGACACCUUUAACGGGGUCUCCCAGGUCAAGUUUGACAUCUCUUCGCUGACAGGUUACCUCGAUCAGUGGAGGCAGGGACACUGCAGUGAGCAGCGGCCAAAGCCCUCAGUGCCAGGGCCACUGCAACAGCUACAGAGUCGGAAAGAGUUCAUUCACACGGUGAGCAUCGAGGCUCUCAUGAGAGUGAAAGAGUUCCUCAACCUGCUGCUGAAAAAUCUGGAUCAUCUUGAGACUUGCUGAAAGAUGGACAUUAGAACUAAUAUUUAUAGAUGCUAAGUCUGCAUCAGUGAUGUCUGACUUAGCAUUCCCCCCAUUCUUAGUUAUACUUUUGCGAUGUGUUUUGAAGGAAAUUUAUUCUUGAACAUGCAUUUAUUUAUAUACGUAUGUAUUUAUUUAUCUACUUUACGUUGAAAAUAUGUUUUUUGUAACAAACACUGUCUGUUCAACAGCAUGUCUGCAACAAAAGUCUAGUUUCCACCGGAACGUUUGUAUGAAAACUGGUCUAGAGCAUGCCUUGCACACACGUAUCAGCUGCUCGUAGACUUGCAUUAUGACACCACCAUUGUGUCAAAAGUAAAAAAAAAAUAUGAAUCUACAUGGUAACUCGGGCCUGAAGCUGAAUCAGCGCUGUAAAGAAGCAUCACAACGAAGAGUGAUGUCAUGUCUGGAAAUUCCUAAAAACCGGGAGGAAACUUGCCAAGAUAAACAGCUGUGUUUUUAUGAGAAGUAGCACAGGAAGGGUAAAGGGCAACUUUAAUUUCAGUGCAAUAUCCUCAGCUCUUCCAAAAUAGCUAUUUAUAGCCAUAGAUAUUUUGUAUAUUUUUAUACAGUUCACAGUAUUUUUUAUAAUUAUUGGGUUUAAACUAUGAAUAAAUAUUUUUUAAAAAUCUUUUUUAUAUAUGCAAGUUUGUAGGUGUUGUGAGAUGAGUGAAAGACGAGAUGAGAAAGAUCAGAAUUUGUGGGUGUUCAUCUCUUGCUCCACUUGUGUAUUCAGGGUUCAUGAGUGGAAAGUGUUUACCCAGAGCUAUCGGCUUAUGAUUAACUCCUGUUAAAAACUAGCAUUUAAAAAAGUGAUCUUUGAAUCCAACAACAAAUAUGGAUUUAAUACAAAAGUGUAAAGA